AUGGAUUUAGGGCUGAAAAAUAUUCAUGUCCUUGUAACAGGCGCAAGUGGAGGCAUUGGCCUUGAGACCGUCAAACUCUACCUGUCCCUCGGCGCAAAUGUGACUGCACAUUACAACUCCAACUCCAAACCCAUCCAGAAUCUCCAAGUCGACUUCCCUGCACUCCAAUGCACACAGGCAGAUCUCUCCUCUGAGUCUGCCGUGAAGUGUAUGUUCGAUGACCUCUCAGGGACGCCGUUCGGCCCUGUGGCAGUAAUCGUGGUCAACCAUGGCAUAUGGUCGCCCCAGGACGUACCUAUCGUCGAUAUGACCAUUGAACAAUGGGACCACACCAUCAGUGCAAACCUCACCUCAAGCUUCCUGGUCUGUCGUGAGUUCUUGCGCCACUUGCGUACAGCAACAGAAAGCGUGAAAGAUAGGGCUGCAAUUGUGCUCAUCGGGAGCACAUCAGGUAAAUAUGGCGAAGCGAAUCACGGCGAUUAUGCUAUCAGCAAGAGUGGUGAGUUUUAUGUUUGUCCGUGGAUAUGGGCAGCGAUGAUGUAUGGCUUGACGACGACACUCAAAAGUGAGAUCGUGAAGGUCGCACCCAGGGGACGUGUGAAUUGCAUUGCACCUGGAUGGGUUCCGACGCCGAUGGUACAAGAGGCCCUGAAUGAUCCAGCCGUCAGCGGACCUGUAUUAGCCGCCACUCCGUUGAAAAAGCUUGGGACACCUCUGGACGUUGCAAACCAAAUAGUGGUAGUGUCUUCAUCUGUGAUCUCGGGACAUGUGACAGGGCAAGUGAUCUUUGUAGAAGGCGGUUGUGUAGGGGACCUUUGA